CACGAUUCUCUCGCUGGUUAUCACACGUUUCCUGCAGUGCCACCGACCCUGCCGUCAAAGAAUUUUCGAAACCAUGGGUCAAAAUCGGAAGUUCGAUAUGACGGACGUUGAGGGAAUAUAUAAAUGCUCUGCUGCUGUUAGCAUGGUAGACAUUUCUCAAGUCUUCGAACACUCAAUUCAGGAAUACAAGUAACUACAACUUGCAACAGAACUUACGACACAUUACAACAAUGGCUUCCGACAGUGCAUUCGAAGGAUGGUGUGGCUUGGACAAGCACAGUGCUGAGGGCAACAUGGUGUGGCAAGGCUACCAGCCUAAGGAGUUCGAAGAGACAGAUGUUGACAUUGAGAUCUCUCACUGCGGUGUCUGCGGAUCCGACAUUCACAUGCUUCGAUCUGGCUGGGGACCUACCGAUUACCCAGUCGUCGUGGGACACGAAAUCGUUGGAAAGGCAAUCCGUGUCGGCAAAGACGUGAAGACUGGCAUCAAGGUCGGCGAUCGUGUUGGUGUUGGUGCCCAAGCUGGCUCUUGCCUCAAGGGUGACUGCUACCAAUGCGAGAACGAUGAAGAGCAGUACUGUAAGAACGGAUUCGUCAUGACCUACGGAAGCAAAUGGCCAUCAGGCGCAAAAGCACAGGGAGGAUACGCAAAAUACUGGCGAGGAUCUGGACAUUUCGUUUUCAACAUCCCAGAGGCUAUCCCCUCGGAACAAGCAGCGCCUAUGCUGUGCGGUGGUGUCACUGUCUACGCUCCACUGAAGCAGAACGGUGUCGGGCCUGGCAAGCGCGUCGGUGUUAUUGGUAUCGGCGGACUCGGACACAUGGCUCUCAUGUUCUCCAAGGCAUUGGGCGCAGACAAGGUUGUCGCUAUCUCCCGCAACGACAGCAAGAAGGAGGAUGCGCUCAAGAUGGGCGCAGACGAUCUCAUCGCUACUGGUGAAGAAGGCUGGAACGAGAAGCACAAGAACUCGUUGGAUGUCAUCAUCUGCACAGUCAGCUCGCCCAAGAUGCCACUCGGCGGAUACUUGGAUCUCCUCGAUGUCGGCGGUACUUUCGUCCAGGUGGGAGCUCCAGAUGAUGUGCUUCCACCUUUCCUUGCUUUUGCAUUGAUCAUGAAGAAGUGCAAGAUUGUGGGUUCGUUGAUUGGCUCGCCGGCAGAGAUUCGAGAGAUGUUUGAGUUGGCUGCUAGUCAGAAGGUGCAGCCUUGGAUUGAGGAGAGGGAUAUGAAGGACGCAAACAAGACCAUCGUGGACUUUGAGGCCGGAAAGCCACGAUACAGAUAUGUGCUUAAGAACUGAGUGUCAUGAAAGCAUGAAAGCCAUGUAACAACAGUAAUGAUUUUUAUGAAUUGUUAAUUGCCUC